AGCAGCCCUUUCCUUCCUAUACUUUCGCUCAUCCUUAUGACUUCUUCAAAUCACUUUAUGUCAUACUAAAAAAAAAAAACAAAUUACUAUCCCCCUCCCCAAGAAAUGGCAUGUAGGCAUAGACGUACGGCGGCGGCGACAGCAACAGCAGUAGAAAAGGAGGUGCAUUACCGCGGAGUAAGGAAGAGGCCAUGGGGGAGAUACGCAACAGAGAUAAGAGAUUCACAUAGGAAAUGCCAAAUAUGGUUAGGUACAUUUGAUACAGCAGUGGAGGCAGGGAUGGCGUAUGAUGUAGUAGCCAUAGAGUUUCGAGGUGUUAAGGCGAAAACAAACUUACCAAUUCCUGUUGAUUUGACUCGAAGUCCCAGUGAGGUGAGUACUGUUGAGUCAUCAUCGCUCCCAUUGGAUCUAACCCCUGGCAGGUCCUCGUACUGUCUAGGAAGUAAGUUCUUUUCCUCCCAGACUCAAAAUAAUCUUGAUGCUCGUGGUGGUGCUGGCGGUCUUGAUCGUGGUGAAAUGUUUCAUACUAAUGGAUUCGGAUCCGUAAUCAUGGAUUCUGAUACAGGAGAUCUCAGUGAGUCAGAUUCUUCAUCAGUGGUUGAUUUUAUGGGUAAUGAUACUAAGGGCAUUCAGAUCGACCUCAAUUUUCCACCUGUGCCAAAGAAAAUGUGAAAUUGCAGAAGUUGAUGAUCGGAGAAUUUGCAUGGUUUAUUGAAAUGUCUUUUACUUAAUUAGUUGUAAUCUUGUUUAAUUAGUGUAAUCCUACUUUUAAUUUUCAGUAACUAAGAUAGAGUUAAAAAAAAAGGAUGAGAAGAGAAAUAUUAGUAGUACUAGUAUAUAUAUGGGGGAAGAAAUGUUAAUGUCGAAGAAAAAUUUGAUCUUGAAAGCAAAAUCGAAAAAUUAAAUAAAUCUUUAGGGUUGCUUUUUUCUAAAAUGUUUGAGUGCUAUAUGUAUGUGAUUUGAGUUUUAAUGGUAUCAAAUUAUUAGUUUGAAUUUGCUAUAUUUUGUAAUUAUAAUUUUCAUAAUUUUAUGGUCUUUCAAAGGUAUUUUUUUUUUUUGAAUUUUGUGUGAUGUGAAAAGGUCGGAAGAAUUGAAAAAAGAUUCGAAUAAUUGGCUAGAACUGUACGUGCAAGUUUUUUUGGAUGUGAUGGGAACUUGAUGGAGGAGGAAAUGGUACUGGUGGUGG